AUGGCGAACUCCGACGAAGACAAACCAAACCCUAACAUCGAGAAUGCUAACAAGGACCAGAAGGACCAAGAGCCUUCCAAUGCGGACGACAACGGCGACGGCGAAGAUGACUCCGAUGAAGGCGACGACGACAACGACGAUGAGGAAGAAGAAGAAGUCGAAGAAGAAGAGGAACUAGAACAUCACCAUAGGCGACAAAAUCCUUUAUCCACGGAGGCUCGGAUUCGAGAGGACAGGAUGAAACUGGACAAUCUGAUCCAUCGAUUGUCGACCGAGAAAGUCGAACUGCGAGUCCACGAUGUUAUUGUCAAGGGGAACACGAAGACCAAGGAGUAUCUGAUUGAGGCCGAACUGGAAGGGAUCAAGAAAGCUAGCUCCAUGCAAGAGCUUCUCGAGGCGGCUGGGAUUGCCAAUGCGAAGCUUCAGCGGCUCGAGAUCUUUGACUCGGUUCGGAUCACUCUCGAUUCGGGUCCGCCCGAGUUGCCUGGCACCUCCAAUGUCAUCGUUGAGGUCGCCGAGACCAAACGACCCGUCACCGGCGAAUGCGGUGUUUACACUAAGCCUGCGGCUAGAUCUUGGACACUUGAAGGUACACUUAAGUAUAAAAAUUUGCUUGGACAUGGGGAUAUUUGGGAUGGUUCUGUGGCAUAUGGACCCAACCAAACAUCUGAGGUAAGUGCCAGUGUGUUUUUGCCAAGAGUCAGAGGAUUCAAAGCCCCUUUGGUGGCCCGGGUGUUCUUGCUUUCCCAAGAUUGGCUAGAGUUCUCUUCUUACAAAGAGCAAAUGGCGGGUCUUUCUCUUGGCUUAUUUACGACCAGGAGUCAUGACUUGGCGUACAAUCUUGGAUGGCGUACCUUGUCAGAUCCUUCACAGAUGGCCUCCAGGUCAAUAAGAAGGCAGCUUGGUCAUGGAUUACUUUCCUCUCUUAAUUAUACAUUUAAGCUUGAUAAAAGGAAUUCGCCUGUAAGACCAACUCAUGGUUAUGCUUUUGUUUCUACUAGUCAAGUUGGUGGCCUUGCUCCUGAUCAGCGGAGCUUGCGGUUUUUGCGCCAGGAGCUUGAUCUUCGUUAUGCUCUUCCCUUUGGAUUUUAUAAUGCUGCCCUUAAUUUUGGGAUAUCUGGUGGUGUUAUUUUUCCAUGGGGAAGUGGAUUCUUGAACAAGCCCUCACCCCUUCCUGAAAGAUUUUUCUUGGGUGGUGAUUUCUCUCCAGUUUGUACUCUAGGAGGUCCAGUAACUGUUUGGGGAUUUAAGACUAGAGGAAUAGGCCCCACUGAGCCAAGAAGGCAAAAUAGUAAUAGAACUAAUGAUGAGAAUUCAGAAACUUCUGGAAGGGAUGCUAUUGGUGGAGACCUUGCAGUUACUGCAUUUGCGGACCUCUCUUUUGAUCUACCAAUUCGUUGGUUAAGAGAACAUGGAGUACAUGGACACAUUUUUGCUGGUUCUGGAAACACAGCAAAAUUAACAGAGAAUGAGUUUAGAAACUUUUCUUUUCGGAGAUUCUUUGAGUCAUUUCGAAGUUCUGUUGGAGCUGGUAUUGUUAUCCCCACAAAGGUUUUCCGCCUAGAGUGCAACUACUACUACAUAUUGAAGCAGUUUGAUAAUGACCGUGGAAAGACUGGCUUUCGGUUUAGUAUAUCAGCUCCAUCAUGAGAUCUCGAAUUUCUGUCAAGUAUAAUUGAUUUGGCGACCAUGAGAUUGCAUACUGAAUGUGUCAUUUCAGGUAAUGGAGGUGGUUCUUUUUAAUGGUUGACAACUCUGCUUCUUUGCCAAGCAUCAUAACUUUAGACAGAAUUGCAUUUUUUUGUAAUUUCAAACCUAGACUGGAAGUUCAGAAAGCAUGGUGUUAUAAUAUGCGCGAGUGGAAGAAAAUAACAUGGUAUUUCGAAUCUGGAAUAUGUGACUGUCCAUUGAAUUUUUACCUGGCAAUGGUCUGAUAUCCAAUUGUUCUUUUUCUCGUAGGAGCUCAUUUUUUCCCUGUAUGUUUACAAUAAUGCUAAAAUCAUUUUGAAAAAGUAAAUUCUCUAUACUGUUAAA